ACCGCUCAUGGGCACCGCUAUGUUUUCUCUGGCAGCCAUGUUUCUCCAGGGUUCAUGCUCAAGAGUUGCCAUGGUAGCCAGCACACCCCGUCGAAGAGGGGGGUGAGGUGGGCGGGACAGGCACUCAAACCAGCUGUUCUGAACAGGGCUGUUUAUACAGGAUGAGAGAGCUUCUGUGGUGAUGAUCCUUGUGGUAUUUUGACCAAAGCAUGUCAGAUACAUUUUAUUAAGACCCCUGGAACUGUGUUAACUUGUGGUAAAGGGGUAUAAUAUGUCCUCCUUAAUUAAGAAGAAUGAAAUUAAAAAACUGCCUUAAACUCAUACUAUAUCCAAUAGUAAAAAUACAUACAAACAAAAUUGCACAUAAUCCAGUUUAAUACUUAAGAAACAACAUUGCAUGAAUAUUGGCUAACAGCGCCAUUCAGACGGACUGAGUAUCAGUAAUAUUCAGUGAUAUCACACUAGCAUCAUGUUGUGGGUGCUCAGGGUCAGGCCUGCGGAUUUGUACUCUCUGAGUUGAUUAGAUGUCAGUGAUGAAGUGACACAGUCCACAGCCAGUAAACACACUUCAUGAAUUAACAAUGGCUCUUCUCUAUUGUAGUUCAGAUGACAAAGUCUUAAGCUCAGAAAUGUGAUCAGCUGUUCUCAACCACUGUUGCCAAUAGCUGUGGACCUCCAAUAUGGCCACCAUAGGAUGCAUUACAACUCAGUGUCAGGAAGAUGCCCCCAAUGUCUAAUACAUUUAGUGUAUAUUCUAAUUAAAGAGCAUAUUUAUGUUUUCCAUGAUCUCCAUGUCCAAGCAUAAAUGAUGGCGGCAUCACAGCUUGUGGCCUGUCGUAAUCCACUCUGCCUGUGCAGUGAAUUAUCUUCAACCAGCACAGAUAGCAUCCAGCAUCCCCCCAACCUUUACCUUCACUGGGGAGGCAACACAUCCAAUCAAUUAUUACAAAGACUAUCAAAUCAAUAGGCCACAGCCCCUGGCACUUUGUAGAUGAAACGGAGUCAUACAUGAACAAAUCCCCUCUAGGCAGGCACUGAACAAGCAGCAGGAUUUAUUAACCACCUUAAUGUCAAACACACCUCAGCUGAUACUCACUAGGCCUUGGAGCCUGAUUUGAUUAAUCCUCACAUACUGUUCAUAUGCUGAACCUUCACCGUUUCCCCUCAUGCCACAUUUCUGUACCACAAAUCAUUCGUAUAUACACGUCAUCAGUCAUUAAUGAAUGUGCGAUUUAUCCUUAUAAAGCUUUCAGAGUGUUUAUUCUUUAGUUUUUUACGCUUUUAUUAAUGGAAACAUUAAAAAACAUUUAUAAUCACACUAUAUAAUGAUCCUAUGUUACAUAAAACAGGAGAACAUAACAAUUUCAAUUAAUUAUAUUAAAUGUGUGCAAUGCAACAGUAUUUGUGAAUGGUGAUUUUUGAAUGAAUAUGGGUCAAACACUCACAUCAGCUGCUCAAAAAUACCUUUAAAAAGUUGACAUAUUACCAUUUCAGUAUAUUCAGGGUCACAUUAGAAGAAGUCAUAUAAAUUCAGGCUAAAAAAAAUAAUGUUUAGGGUGUUUUAUCUGCUCUCAGAUGUAAAAACAAGUCAAAUUUGAUCCUGAACGGUUAAAUGUAUAGUCCCAAUGGCCAAAACUGAACACAAUAUAAAGUCUAACACGCUGAAACAUUUUUUCAGAAGAUUCAAAUGACUGAAAUUAAUCUAUAUCUUCUGGAAACCUCUCAGGGAAAGACUCCUCUGUUUGAGAACCACUGAUCCCAUCUUUUCCUAAGAACAGAGGAGAAGACUGGCCUGCUGUGUUUAGGAGGUGGCUGUUCAGCAUCGGUGAGCAGGUUACAUGUCAUUUAUCACUUCGGGGUAUGAACUGUAAAGCUUUUGGCCUGGUCAGUUCCUCUACACCUGCUGCUGCUUCCAGGUUGACGUCUUGUUUGGAUCAACCCAUGGAUUCAAGCAGUAUCCAUGAAGUCAUCAAGUAUAUACGCUCACCACUACCAGUCAAACAUUAUGAUCUUGACACUACUGAACCAAUCAGCUGUGGUCUUCAGAAUUUGGAUGAGCUGUUGUCCUGGAAACGAAGCGAUGCAAAUCCCUUUAACGUGGCAAUUGUCCCUCUGGCGCCUCGGGAGCCUUCUCUGGCCAGUAGUCCACGUCGGACCUUGGUGUCUCAUGACAUGAUGGGUGGCUACCUAGAUGACAGGUUUGUACAGGGGACAAACGCAGUAACUCCGUAUGCCUUCUACCACUGGCAGUACAUUGAUAUUUUCAACUACUUCACUCACAAAAUGGUGACUAUUCCUCCUGCUGUGUGGACCAAUGCUGCACAUAAACAUGGAGUCGUCGUUCUUGGUACGUUCAUAACAGAGUGGACAGACGGAGCGGUGGCGUGCGAGGCCUUCCUAAAAGAUGAGGAGUCUUACCGAGCAGUGGCUGAUAAACUAGUACAGAUCAGCCACUGCUAUGGCUUCGACGGCUGGCUCAUUAACAUAGAGAACUUACUCAGUGUGGUUGCGGUGAAGAACAUGCCUUUGUUCCUGUGCUAUCUGACGGACCAGAUGCACGAGCGAGUCCCCGGCAGCCUGGUCCUGUGGUACGACAGCGUGAUCGAGAACGGGCAGCUAAAAUGGCAGAAUGAACUAAACCAGUCCAACAGGAUGUUUUUUGAUGCUUGUGAUGGCUUCUUCACCAACUACAACUGGACGGAGCAGAACCUGGAGUUGAUGAAGAACUACAGUGGGAUCCAAGGCCGCCAGGCUGACGUCUACAUCGGAGUGGACGUGUUUGCCCGUGGCGAGGUGGUGGGAGGAAUGUUUGAAACAAAUAAGGCACUAGAAAUCAUCCGAAAACACAACUUCUCUGCAGCCAUCUUUGCUCCAGGCUGGGUGUACGAGACCCACGAAGAUAAGACAGAAUUCCGCCAGAAUCAAGACAAGUUCUGGGCUCUUCUGUCAGACUACCUGUACAUCCAUCGGCCAGCCUCACCUCUCCCCUUCAUUUCCUCCUUCUGCCAAGGCUUUGGGAAGGCUAUCUACUGGAGAGGACAGUGUGAGGUGAACAGGAGCUGGUUCAACCUGACGGCCCAGGAGAUCCAGCCCUUGUACUACCACAAGGAGCUGGAGGGCCAAGGCUGGCUGAGGAGCCGCGGCUGCCCGGAGGAUGCCUGGAAUGGAGGCUGCUCACUGCUGCUGGAUGGCCUCAUCCCUGCUGCUCACACAUCUCCAGUUUCUGCCACGAUCUUCUCCCUCCAUGUACCGCUUCCACACAAGACCCUAGUGAGCCUCAUCUAUAAGCCAUCUGCUGGGAUCACAGUCUCCCUGGAGCUCAAGACAACAGACGCCAGUCUUUGCACACACAUGGACGUCCAGGAUGUCAAAUUGACUAGCACAUUUCCUGAGGUCCUGGAUGAAGAGCACCAGUUGCGUCAGCUGUGUGGGGACUUGAAUCCAGAGGGUUGGGCUGUCAGGUGUUCGCAGUUGGAUCUUCGUGGCUGUGCUCUCAGAGAAGUUUGUUUCAGCAUCCAGCGGGAUGGAGAGCCCCAGGACACACCUUUCACCUGCAGGGUGGGAGAAAUCAUGUUCCUGGAUGUAGCCGGUCUGCAGGUGCCUCCUCAGAUGGUUCAGGGUUUGUGCAUAUAUGACGUGGUGUGGCUGCGUGGUGCUGGCACCUCACUGGAGUCCACCUCCCCCUGCCUGCACCUCAAUGCCACUCUGCACUGGGACUUCCCAACUGACAUCAUACGCCACUUCAAGGUGUACUGGCGACAGCUGAGAGGACCCGAUCCCCGAAUCCCUGCAGGUCAGCUGGUUCUGGUGGGCCGGGCAUAUUCUAAUCUGUUUAGGGUAACGGAGCUGGCAGUGCCGGAGCCCCCCGGCCUGCUGGAGCUGGUGGUGGAGCCAGUGAUCAGGAAAGGCUUCCAGGUCCCAGAGAGCCACUGGGGAAGAAGAAGCCUCAGCUACUCAGAGGACUUGACACAAUGACUUUGCACAAAUGUUAUCAGGAUGCUUCUCCUCGACUCUUCCAUAAAUGGUGCUGUAAGCGUGGCUCUGAUGUUACACUCAACAUUUCCAAGUUGGAGCACAAUAGCCUACAAAUUUUGUAGGAAAAUGAAAUGGAAAACUUAAGAAUAUGGAAUGAAAGUCUGGGAAUAUUGAAUGAAAGAUAUUUGCUUAAAUGUGAUGACAUCAAACUGGCGCUAUGUUUUGUUUCAGAUAGGUAAUGUUAGCCUAUCACACAGGUCAUACGUAGGUAGCUGUGAGCAUUUAUAAACCACUAGUUUGCAAGUGUUUACUGUGUAUACUAUGUAUUUUUAACAGCAAGGACAUCACCCAGAUGAUGAUCUGAUUUGAUAUUAUGUCAACAAGUAAAGUGUCACUGGCAACUAAAGCGUAAUUAACGUUUUUAGGGUUAUGUAUACCGUAAGCAAUUCACAGCACUUGGUUAAAGGUAGGGAAGGAUUUUAGUCUUGAUUAAAUAUUGACAAAGUCAACAGUUACUAUAUGUGCUGACUUUGUCAAUAUUUAAUCAAAACCAUGACCUUUCCUUAAUGUGAUCCAAAGUGUUCUUGUGGUCUAAACCUGAACACAUGCAGGGUACAGCAUUUAAAGUCCAGUCUCCAGUGUCAAAGACCUGUGCUUUGAAUGCUUGCCAACCACUCCAACCACAUCUCCAUGACUCUUUGUGAAUAAGAAAUGUUCUCGAUGAACAUACUAUGCACUGAAAUUAUGUUUCCUUAAAAACCAUUUAGUUGUAUAUACAGUAGCAACAAACACAAUAAAAUCAAGUAAUUAUAUUCCUUUUUAAGUUGGAUAACAAUCAGCUUAAUUAAUCUUUGUUGAUAAUGGCUUAUUUACAGCACACAACUCAUUAAAAUACACACACACGGUUUGUGCAAUCUGCAUCUUCAGUUUCAUUUCAUAUUCUCAAGUUUCCCAUUAAAUUUUCUCAUAAAUAAUUUCCUGAACGUCAUGCUAUAUCCUGACUUCUCAUCACUGUCUGGUUGACUACUGGUAAAAAGUGAGCCUACUGACCAAAGAACAUGAUGAACAGGAUCAUCUGCUUGAAUUAUUCUGUCAAGCUUUGUUUCACCCAGUUAAACCAAUUCUAAAUUGUCUUUUGACAGAAAAAAAACCAUUCCAACUGAAGGUCACCUUACUUGCUUUUUCUCAAGCUUUCAACCCUAUCUAAUGGGGUCCUUAUCAGUGGGGGUUUGCAUAGUCGUUGUGUAAGCUUCACUUAAGCCAACACAGGUGAGAAGUACUGCAAGUGCUAUAGAUGAAAUAAUAACAGCUGUGGAGCUCACAUGUUAACAGAUACAUCCCCAUGACAACUGAGCACACUCCAUCCACAGAUGAAGACCUUCUGAUUAUGGUUGAAAGCUUUGAAGAAGCCAGGAAUAAAGGAAUAGUUUGACAUUUUGGGAAAUACCAUUAUUUAUGAAGUGUAUUUCCCAAUGUUGAGCUAUUUGAAGAUGAGAUGUUGUAAUAUCAGUGAUGUUAUUGUUAACUGAUUAUCUAUCUAGACUGAACAGAUUUAUAUUGACUUAGUAUGACUUAUAUAGAUAUAAAUGCAAUCAAGAAGAUUAACUGUCUGAUCUAACUGGCAAUUAUAAAACAUCAGAAUAACUAACCUACCAAGUAUACAUUUAGUAUAGCAACAAAUCAUUAUAUGUGGAUUUGGUUCAUUUCUUAUGCAAUAUAUACACCUUUUGAUUCACAAAUGUGCUUUAUAAACUGUAUGUUAGAUAUAUGUGUACAAUACUAUUGAACUAUUGAAUGAAGUCAGACAAUGUUCUGGUGAACAUUAAGGAGAAUGUUCAGCAAAAAAUUGUGUAUAACUGAAGGAAAUUUUCAAAAACUGUUCGGAAAGACUUUUUUGAAAAUUGUUAUAGAAGUAUAAAACAUACAUGUAAGAUUUGUUAACAGUACUAAAAGAAACCCACAAGAUUUAAAUUGUUUUAUGAGGUGUUCAUAUGUUUUAUGAACAUUGAGAUUACUUCAAAUACAGGAACUACCUUGUUGGAUGUGUAGCUAUGCAAGUAAAGAUACUGUAUGAAAUGGAUUUGCUAAGCUCUGUGUAUAAAUAUUGAUAUGUGAUGUCUUUGGCAACCUCAGCUACUCCACCACCUCACUAUAAUACAAUACCCUACAAUAUGUGAUCACCAGGAGUAGGGCUGGGCAAUAUAUGAAUAUUAAAUUGAUAUUGCGAUAUGAGACUAGAUAUCAUCUUAGAUUUUGGAUAUUGUGAUUUUGCAUAAGUGUUGUCUUUUCCUGGUUUUAAAGGCUGCAUUACAGUGUUGUAAUGAUUGUUCUAGUUGUUCUAUUAUUUGCCUUUACCCACUUAGUCAUUAUAUCCACAUCACUGAUGAUGAUUUUUCAAAAAUCUCAUUGUGUAAAUAUUUUGUGAAAGCACCAUAGUCAUCCUUACAAUAUCAUUGCAAUAUCGAUAACGAGGUAUUUGGUCAAAAUUAUCGUGAUAUUUGAUUAUGUCCAUAUCGCCCAGCCCUAACCAGGAGUUUAUUUCAACUCAGUCAUACUCAGAGGUAGUUCACUAAAUGCAGUUCAGACAUUUCAGUUUAACUUCUCAUAACAGCUGGCAACACCAGUGAUCAUUCAGGUGCAUCACUGUAAAGGAGUGAAUGCUCGUGCAAUUUUAUAUUUUUCUUAAUUUAGAUCAAUUUGUCUUCAUUUUGUCUCUCUGUUUAUCAUUGUGAAAAAAAGCAUUAUUCAUUGUGAUUCACUGUUUUACAAAAACAUACUGAAAACGUCCAGGGAAGUAGUACUUUUUAUAGGCAAUGUAAACAAAUUAAAGCUGAAAGUCAGAACUUCAA